GAACGGUAGAGGCCACUCCACUGCAAGAUUCUCCAAGCACCCCGCCAAAUGCCAUCCUGUCGUGUCUCAAAGCUGCUCGUGAACUCCUGCACCCUGACAUCCCCACGAAAUGAGAACCCUGCUAGUGCUCCCCAGUGUGGCAGUGACCCUGUGCUCCACUCUGUUGUUCGUCCCCUCCAUCUCCCCACAUGAAUCUUGAACCUCCCACGUAACAUCUCGUCUUCCUUGAUAUCAACCGUACAUCUGACCGGAAAACUCAGGGGGAAGAAUACGUCUUAGCCGUGCGUGGAGACUUCCAAUUCCAAACUUAUCUAGACGAACGAAGAGUCACUUCAUAGACAAAAACCCGUCGAUGCCGCGGUUUCUCUAACCAAACCAACAUCCGGACGAGCUACGGCAUUCACCCGAGGCACCGCGUUCGCAUCGCAAGCAAUCCGAGAUAGCCCCAACAUGCCUGGAAUACUCCCAAUGAAAGUGAUCAAGGUGGGACAGAGCGCGCAGAGCAGAAUCGCCCAGGCGUGCGAUAGAUGUCGUAGCAAGAAAAUACGUUGCGACGGAAUUCGUCCUUGCGUAUGCAACUCCUUUCUUUGAUCCUUUUUAAUAGAAGCCUACUCCUAGAGAUGGGAGCAGGUCUUAUCCUUGCUCGUUGAUCCCAGCUCUUGAACCAGUGAGCAAAACGUAUGUUAAUUCAUUACAGUGUUCGCAAUGUUCGAAUGUCGGGUUUGAAUGCAAGACAAGCGAUAAGCUCAGUAGAAGGGCUUUCCCCAGAGGGUACACGGAAAGCUUGGAGGAAAGAGUCAGGAAUCUGGAGUCGGAAGUGCGAGAACUAAAGGAUUUAUUGGACGAGAAGGACGAGAAGAUUGAUAUGUUAUCAAGAAUGCAUUCAAAUCGGAGACCGUCAAUGUCAACGGCCAGCGCCAGUAGUCCCUUGACCGAAAUGAGCAAAGAGUCAUCGCCGCCAAAAGACGACGUGUUCAGGGUGCAGGCUUCUCCGCUACUACUAGGUGCGGAGAACUCAGAUUCAUAUUUCAUGGGUGCAUCGAGUGGAAGAGCGUUUGUCGGUAGGUAGUACCAACGUAAGGAUACAACGGCAAGACUAACCUCUAGUAGAUUCUUUCAAACGUCGGAUACAAGAAAGUGGGAAAUCGUUGACCGGCUUCAAUACAGAAGCCUUCCUCAACAUUCAGGGUGACACAACCUCACUCUCCCAAUUGACGGCGCCAAAGUCUUCGACAAUCCCUCCACGGUUGUUCUCAGACAGAUGCGUCAACGUCUUUUUCCAAGAGUGGGCUCCUCUCUUCCCAGUCUUGCACCGACCAAGCUUUCUCCGGCUGUAUGAAGAUUAUAUCUCGAAUGCAGAUCAGACGAAGGACCCUCAUAAGCUAGCUCAAUUGCAUCUGGUGUUUGGGAUUUCUGGGCUCUCAAGCGACGUCCCAGAUAAGGAGCAGAUCGCUUUGUGCGAGUACCAGUGGCGAUCAUCACUAGAAAUCGUCUUGAUGGAUAACUCACUUGCUACACUUCAGUGUCUUGUACUCGCUCUUAUCUACUGUAUCAAUAAGGCCGACUACAGCCGACUUCAACACUACAAAGGCAUUGCGGUUGGACUUUCCCAUCGACUUGGACUACAUCAGAGUCAAAAGCGGUUUUCAUUUGGUGCUCUUACUAUUGAAACACGCAAGAAGGUUUUCUGGACUUUGUAUGCCAUUGAUUGGUAGGUUCCUCGAUAAAACUGCCCUACUAAGCUAACAUUUCCAGUUUCUCUGCUGCUUUACUUGGACUUCCAAAACUGCUCAAAGAAGAAGAUAUUCAUGCCGAAUAUCCUUCUGAUACUGAUGAUGGUAAGAUGGUCCGUUUAUUUUACCAAUCUGGCUAGUGCUAAUACAAUGUAGAGUAUGUAACAGAGAAGGGCUUCCAGCCUACCCUUCCUGGCGAGUACACGAAGAUUUCGAGUGCCCUGGCUUUAUUCCGCGUUUCGCGAAUCUUGUCCAAGGUUUUGGAUCAAAAUUACCCUGCGGCAGCAACACAUGAGCUGUCAUUGCAAUCGCUUAUGCUUCUCGACGCAGAGCUCAAUGAGUGGUCGGAGAAACUUCCCACCCACCUUAAGCUUACUUUCGUCCAAGAUAAACCAUCAACUGACAUUACAGGAAGUCGUUCUGCUUUAAUGGUAAGAAUAGGAAGCCUUAUUUAGACGACUCUCGUGACUAAUAUGCUGCAGUCACUCGCUUAUUACUAUACUCGAACUUUGAUUCACCGCCCAGCCGUUGGAUCGUCGCUGGCUAGCAAAUCUUCACCAUCAGUCAUUUCACUUGCCGAGUCGAGCAAACACAUUAUCCAAAUAUUACAGCUUCUUGAGGAGAGAAGCAUGACAUUCUCAUUUUGUUUGAACAAGAAUGAAAUGUUAACACUUUGCGGACUAAGCCUACUCUACCAAGGUCUCGAUCUUAAAGCUGACGGCAAGCUGAUGGCAGACAGCCAGAGAUUGGUUGGGAUUGUGAUUCGUUACCUUGAAAAAGCGGAUGCACCCGGCGCUGCCGAUUUCAAAAAGCUUGCACUUUCGAUAACGAAUGUGGAUCUGAACACCAUCUCACUACAAGGAGCGAGUCCAAGCUCUUUGCCAGCACCGAAGCUAUUGAAAUCUCCAAAACAGCAGAUUCGACCGCAAGUUAUGAGACAUGACACAGCUUGCAUGAGCGAAACAGAUCUUCUCUCCCAACAAGAAAAGUUGAGGCGAGCAACUUUACCUAGCCUUGCAAUGCAACGUCCCGAAAACUAUUCGCCUCGUGCUCGUACUUCCUUGGACUCGGCGCGCUCCGAUUCUCCAUUACCUAGACGGGAAUAUCGUGGUACCUUGCCACAGCAGCAGACGGCAUUACAACCUCGUCAAAUGAGCAAUGUCAAACCACCAAAUCUAGAUUACCUAUCUCUUAGCAACACACCAGCUCCUUCCCACCCACAAUCACCUAACGAGCUUCGAGCCCUUCAAUCGUCUCAAACUGUACAUGCCCCCAUCUUCUCAAACGCACCACCAUUCAAUAACCCCAAACCCGCAACGGCACAACCAACUGAAUGGGAGGUUCUACUCGGCUCCCUAGACAGCGGCCAAACCAAUCUGUACGACGCUAUCUAUGGAGGACCAGCCCUCUCGCUCACCGAGACUUCACAGUCUAAUUACGGGGACUCUGGAUGGUCUCCUGAUUCAGCGUGGGAUCUGACGCUUAAUAUGAAUGAUUUCUCCAGUGGUCCUGGUCCAGCGAGAAGCGUAUUGAGCUUUAGCGAAGAGAGUUUGAGUUCGGAGGAUUUGAGUGCGAGUGAGUUGGGGCUUGGGAGGCAUUUGGAGUAUAGUCAUCAAGGGUUAAUUGCUCAUUCUGUUUCUUCGAGGGAUGGGUAUUUGGUUGAUCAUUUGGAUGGGGGUUUUGGGUUAUGAUUGGAAGUAUGGGCUUGAUUGGUGUUUGGAUGAGGUUGUUCGGGUGGCUUGGGGAUAUUGGAGUUGAUGUUGAUGUUGACGGGGUUUUGGUAGGGAGGUAGCGUCAUUUUUGGCGUUGUCAGAUGUUACUGGGAGAUUUCUCUGGUAGAGCUUUUUGGAUUGGUAGCUUGGUUUUGUCUGGAGCUUGAGCGGUGGCCAUUUAUGAUAUCUCUUUUGAUGUUUUGGUUUAUUUAUGAUUACGAUAAUGAUUCAAUGAGAUCAUGGAUAUUAAGUAAGGAAAGUUCUUAACGUCUGGGUCGCUGUUUUCUCACGAUUUGAAUCUAUGUCUCUUUCA